AUGCCUCUCGAUUACUUUGGCUACAUCGCCGAAGCCGGCCUCCCGACAUAUGUGACGGAGAACUGGUGGUUCAUACUCAAGACCGCCGCGGCGGUAGCGGUCCUCGUCUUCAUCAAGCUAUGGAGCUCGGGUGCUUCCAACACGGCCGAGCGAGACAUGCACGGGAGGGUAGUCAUGAUAACGGGCGGGACGUCGGGCAUAGGAGCGACGACGGUGCUAGAGCUCGGCAGCCGCGGCGCACAAAUCAUCCUCCUCACGCACACCCCCGUGUCGGACCCCUUCCUGGUCGAGUACAUUGGCGACGUGCGCGCCCGGACCGGCAACGAGCUCAUCUACGCCGAGCAUGUCGACCUCUCGUCCCUGCACAGCAUCCGAAAGUUUGCGACGAAGUGGAUCGACAACUCCCCGCCGCGCCGGCUCGACAUGAUUAUCCUCGCCGCUGCCACAAUCACCCCGGCGUCGGCUAAGCGUAAGGAGACGGUCGAGGGCAUCGAGGAGACGUGGAUGGUCAACUACCUCGCCAACUUCCACCUGCUCUCCAUCCUCAGCCCCGCCAUCAAGGCCCAGCCCUGGGACCGCGACGUGCGCAUCAUCUUCGCCUCGUGCUCUUCCUACAUCGGCUCCCCGUCCCUCAAGGAACCCCUCGACAAGAAGACGUGGUCGCCGGGUACGGCCUACAAGCGCAGCAAGCUGGCGCUCAUGGUCUUCGGCCAGGCCUUCCAGAAGCACCUCGACAACUACAAGCGGCCCGACCAGCUGCCCAUGAACGCGCGCGUCUUCUUCGUCGACCCGGGCUUCAGCCGCACGCCGGGCAUGCGUCGCUGGCUUUCGCGGGGCUCGCUGCUCGGCCUGUUCGCCUACAUUGCCGCCUACCCGCUGCCGUGGCUCUUCCUCAAGAGCCCGGAGCAGGGCGCGCAGGCGAUCCUCUACGCGGCCAUGGAGUCUAGUCUCGUGCGCGCGGGCGCCGGCAAGCUGAUCAAGGAGUGCCGGAUCGUGGACUUUGCGCGGACGGAGAUUGAGGACGACGAGGUGGCCAAGAAGCUGUGGGAGGAGAGCGAUAAGCUCAUUGAGACGACGGAAAAGGACUCGGCUGCUCUCAGGGCGCUGGAGAAGAAGAUGGAGGAGGAAAGGGCCAAGGAGGCCAAGGAGGCGGAGAAGGUGAAGGAGGUUGAGUCUCUAGUUGAGGCUAUCAAGAAGGGCAAGGAGUCGCAAAAGGCAAAGGGUAAAAAGAAGUCCAAGAAGGAGACAUCAUAA